UCCAUUGAUAUCCUAAUGGAAGAAUUCAAGAACACUCAAGUUAUCAAAGUUUGGGACAUCUUACCAGCUUCCAAGAUUCCUACACUUGCAAGGGAACUUGAUGCUUGGUUUGGGAAAUAUACCAUGGACUUCAUGAAUCGUUGCAAACACAAAUCUUUCCAAGGGAAAUUGAUAGUGCCAAUGUCAUGGCCAGUUCAUUCUGUUCUCGGUGUUGAUUCUUUGUCAGACAGGAUUUCCGCUAUGAAUGGUUUUAGAAUUGAUUUGGCAAUAAGGAUGCUUUUGUUUUUGGUAAGUGCACAGCUUGCAGGAUUAUGUUGCAUUUGUCAAAAGAAUAUCGACUGAUAAUUUAUUGGUUAU